CAAGCUGAUUUUAUAUACUUUAAGCAUCCUAACGGUUCAUUUAGCUGCUUCACUAUGAAUCCAGACAGAGAAGAGGACGUGUUUUCAGAUCCUGAAGAUCCAUUCCUCAUGAAAGACCAGGAAGAAGAGGAGGAUGAAGAAGAUGCCUGGAUCUUCAACUCCUGGAUGCAGCAGUACAGUGGAGGAGAGCGACCAAACAAGCAAGAAGAGGAGGAAGAUGAAGAGGGGUCAGUGGGAGGAAGACCUGACAGCAGAGGCAGCUUAGAGCCACCGGUUCAGAUGGGGUCUGGCCGCCGGUCAUCUCUGCCGUGUUCGGCCACCCUUUCUACCAUGCAGUUGUCUCGCCUUCACUCAUCAACUUGUGCUCCAGUUACUGCAAGGGUUUUGCUGCGACGCUCCUCUUCCCGUCGACUCCUUCUCCCUUCACAAGAAGAUGCUGCCCCACCACCUGAGCAAAGACCUUCACCUGUGCCCACCAUCCCUGAGGCCAUGCCCCCUGAGAAGCAGGGACGAUUCAGGAGACGCAACGUCAUGUCACUGAGUGAUGCCUACAGUAUGUGUCUGAUCUGCCACAUGGACUUAAAUCAAGGCUCAGGGGGCACAAGAGUACUGCAGUGUACACACACCUUCCACAAAGAGUGCAUAGAGGAGUGGUUGUGGAGGAAACAGUCCUGUCCAACAUGUCACAUUCAGGUGUCCAUGCCGCAACCCGUCUACUGGAACUCCACCAGGGUCAAAGUCCCCUGAAACCUAAAAAAGGAGAGAAAAAUCCUUAAAACUGAACAAUGUCAUCAAGUCUUUCCGAAAGUGGGAACUGCUGCUUUAAGAGGACCAAUAAAUGACCAUUAUCAGACUUUUUAUAAAAUAAAACUGUGAAAUUAGUUUAGAACCAUAAAUGGACUAAAAUGAACAACUGUGAAACUCUAGUACAACGACAAUGACCUCAUUCCUACAUGCAUUUUUUUACAGCUUUUGAUGUGGUGUGAUUACUUUUAAAUAAUAUUUUGUGUUUCAAUUUUUGUCUAACAUUUAGUUUUGUCCUAUAAAUCUGUCUUAUGUUUACCAGAGUAUUAUAACCAAGCA